ACUCAACUCCACACUCACUGCAAGACCAUACUUCACCCUCAACCUCAAGCAGCAAAGAAAGGAGAAGAAAAGAAGAAAAAAAACUCCCAAAAUGUCAGCUCAACCCCUCACAGACUUAAGCUUGAACCAAGCCCUCGAUCCAAACACGAACGAGUCUCCUAGUCCCGUCGUUCAGCAACUUCACCAGGCUGCCCCGAACGCAAGCCUCGAAAUGCAGCGUCAGUUGCUUGCGCAGAAGCUCGCAGAGAAAACCACCGGAUCCUUCACAUCCCCAACAGAUGCUAUGAUGACCCCGUGCACCAAGAAGUUGGCAGCGCAUAAGCAGAAAGCUUAUGGGAAGUCCCAACCAAAACUCCUCUCAAAGGCUUUCUCGGGAAUCGCUACGGAGGGCAAGGAGAAUAAGACUUCCUCCACCUCUACCCCUGUCUCUUCUUCCUCCUUCUCCUCCUCGGGGCUUGGAAAGAAUCCCUUCGGUGCGGAUUCGUAGUGUCUUCGGUUCAUUCGUUAGUUAGUUAGCUAGCUAAAGUCACCUAUUUCGCCUCGUUUCGUUUCAUGCCCGGAGUCUGCCACGUUACAACUUUCUUUUCUAAACCCCUACUCUUAGUCUUAGUUACUUCGCCGUUUACACCCCACCCGGAAAACUCGCCAAACAAAUUGUUGGUCUUUUCCUCCUUUAUUGAGUGCAGGGCUUCCGUUAUUCAUUAUUCCCCUACCGUUUUCUUCCUCAUACUUUAUAGAACGUUCACGAAGUUUCCUUUCCCCUUCAUUAUUUUCUAGGGUUUGUUCUUUUCUCUUUUCUUUUUUACUGGCUCGGCGCAGAAGCAGGGAGUGGUGUGAAAAUGGAGGGGGAAGGGAGGAAAGGGGGGAAAGUUAUCAAUGAUUGUGUAUUCUUUUUCGUGCCCGGUGUUACCUUAGUUAUACUUUUUUCGCGUGUAUCUCUAUAGUAUGAUACCAGUAUCCUAUGUCUUUUUUCUCCCUCCUCCUUUUCUCCCCCAGCUCUGUCUUCUUGACCAUAAGUAAUUGAGAUGGUGUAUUUCCUU